AUGAAUUUUUCCCAGCUUGAUAAAGUUCGAUCUUUAAUUGAAGUGGACCAUUGUUACACAUCUUCAAGUAGAAGUAAUUGUGAUAGUGAUAACGAAAUAUUCAACUUGUCACCUUACCAUUCAAAUCUUGAAGUAGAAGAAAGUUGCUUAGAUGUUGGUGGGCCUGCUCCUAGAUGUUCAUUUGAAGAGGAAAGAGUUCAUCAAAAUCUAUCAUUCACUAAUUGUUCGUCUGUGCCUGAGUUAUGCCAAAGGUUUCCUACAAAACAACCCAAAGAUGAUAACCAUACGUGGGUUUUGUGUGAAAGAAGGCAUUUGAAUCAGAUUUUAUCAUCUCUCAGAAAAGUUUUGAGAAAUGAAUACUUUUACUGCUCUCAAUUUCAUGAUAUUAAACGCCUGAAUGUAUACAAGGAACUUAGUCUUCAUCGUGCUGCUAAUACUCUGAGAAGAAUAUUCGCUGACCUUUUUUGGCGCAUAGAAAAAUGUCACAGCAUUCACCUAUGGUGUGUGAAAAAUCUUUCAGAAACUCUGUUACCAAUUUAUCGUUCAGUUUUUCGCAUAUUAUGGAGAAAAAAUAAGGUUAAUCCAUUAUUGAAAGUGCUCAAUACGACUCUGCAAGAACGCUAUGUGGAUGAUGUAAUAGUUAAUCGAUUCUUAUCUGACUUCAGAUCAUCUGUCGAUGAUGAAUGCAACGACGGUGUAAAAAAAACUUUGAUGCAGUCUUCUUCACGAUCCAUCAUUACAAAGAAUAUACCUACUCAGAUAUCUCUAAAUCGUUCAACAAUUGGCGAUGGAAUAGUUCUAGCAUGUAUGACUUUUCCGGGAUCUCGUGACAGUAAACGAUUACAAAAAUUAAUCAGUUUACUCGGUGAAAUUGGACAAAUUAAUUUAGAAGAUCAUGAAGAACAAAUAUGUGAUAGUAUGAGACUUCGAUUACGAUUAUUUGUCCGACGUGUUAUUAAUUUGCUAGAUGAAUACAAGAAUGAAUCUAUUUAUCUAGUUAGCUUCGGUGUUGGUUCGUUACUUAUGUUAUUAUCUGUUGUACAUAUACUCUCGUUGAAUAAUUCUCGUUCAGAAAAUAAUUAUACUAAUCGAACAAGUAUAAAUGGAAUUAUUUGUGUUGGUUUACCAUUAAUUGGUUUAAGAGGUAAACGAGGUGAAUUGAAUGACCCACUCCUAUCGAUACCAGCUUUACCAAUAUUAUUUAUUAUAGGCGCUAGAAGUCGACUUGGUGGUUAUAAAGAAGCAGUUGAAUUUCGAAAGAGAUUAUUCAAUGCUAGACAAAGACAACGUCCACUAACUUCUCGAAUCGAUAAUAAUGACAAUGAUAAUUUAAUUCAUAUGAAUUAUACUAACCAAUUUCGACACAAAAUCAAUGGAUCAUCUAGCAUCACUGCUACUAAUACUACUACUGUUGUUCGUGAUGAUAAUAAUGAAUUGAAUUCGAUCUCACCAACUUUUGAUUUAUUAGUUAUUGGAGGCGCCGACCAUUUACUUCGAAUGCAACCGUCUGCAUGUAGACGUUGGUGUACUACACAAAGUAUGGUAGAUAUUAGAAUGAUGAAUGCUAUCAAAAAGUUUAUUUGUAAAACUAGAAUACAACCAUUUGGAUAG